CUUUCUUGUGAUGGCUGUGAAGUAUUCAGAAUGAGAAAAGUUUUUUAAAAGACCUGCUGACUCCUCCUGGAAAAUGUGGGGAGGCGGGGGAAACCCCUCCUGUUUAGAGACCCAUUAUGUCCAACAGUCCUGCAUUUUCUGUAUCUUUUUCUUCAUUUUUAUUAAUGCAAACAUUUGCAUGAAGACAGAAUCUUUGUUUCUUAAAAGAGUUCAUCUGCUCCUCCUGCUGCUCAUUGGCCCGGCCAUGCCAGAGCACAACAGAACCUUUGUUAUGUUCUCAGCAAAGCUGUUUAUGAACGGUGGCUUACUGAAGACUGUUUCCUGUGCUGUAUGCUUCCACUUUGUCUUUUAAAAAAAAAAAAAGAAAAGAAAAUAGUCCUUCCAAGUGAAAAGAAUUUGGACUUUCUGUUAUUCAAGUGUUGGAUGGUAAAAUUACAAAUGGCUCCCAAGCUUGCACAGAACUGGUAAUGGUUCCCUCCCAGCCUACCGCAAGCACGCCUGCUCCUAGUUUGUUCUCCCCGACCACCCCUGCCUCAUCUACACAGACUCCAGGCUACAGCUUUGGAUCCCAGGCCACACCAACUCCAGGCCCGGCCACUGCGGGCUUGUCUUUAGGGUUAAGUGCGGCAGAGUUAACUUUGGGCAGCAGUAGCACCCCACUCUCUUCAGGUAUCACGGGGGACUUUGGGCUUGGCAACAGGACACUUAGCAGUGCCGUAGCAAGCAAUGCUCCAAGCCAGAUAUCGACGCCUCCUGGCUCCGUUUUUGGCCCUCCUACUACCACUGCCACCCAGCCUGCAUCAUCCGUAGGAUUCUCCUUCCAUGGUGGAAAUGCUUCCCAGACGGGCACCACUGGCUUCAACCUUGGCUCAAUGGGGAAUGCGAGUCAACCAUCAGUACUUCCAGGGUUAACCUUUGCUGCUGCCCCUCCAGUGUCCACUGCAGCAGCUUCCACACAGCCACAGACUGCCUUUGGCUCUGGAGGACUUGGAUUGUUGUCCUCUUCGGGGUCUGCUGCUGUGCUCUCUGGAUCGCUGGCCUCAAGCUUCAGUCAGGGACCUGCGUCAGCUUUUGGCUCUACACCAUUGGGCUCGACACCAGCACCUGCCGCCGCCGCUCCUGGGCCUGCCCUGUUUGCUUCCACAGCAGACUCUUCCUUUGCCCAGGGGUCUGCCCCCAGCCUGUCGAGUGGGGCUCCAUCCACUUCAGUUGGAGUGCCGGGAUUUGGUUUAAAGCUUCCUGGGUCAACGAGUGCAGCUACCUCUACCACGGCUUCGGCUUCCACUCCGGGCUUGGCUUUGAGUCUGAAGCCCCUGACGACGCUGGGCACUGGCAUCAUCCCUUCCACCAGUGCUGCUUUGCCCGCGGCGACCCCAGCUCCUAGGCCCACUAUGGAUCAGGAGACAAGCUCUGUGAUGACUUAUGCUCAGCUGGAAAGUUUGAUCAAUAAAUGGAGCCUGGAACUGGAGGACCAGGAGAAACACUUCCUUCACCAGGCCACCCAGGUGAAUGCUUGGGACCAGACAUUAAUUGAGAACGGUGAGAAGAUUACGUCUCUGCACAGAGAAGUUGAGAAAGUGAAGCUGGACCAAAAGAGGCUGGACCAAGAACUGGACUUCAUCCUGUCCCAGCAGAAGGAGCUGGAGGACCUGCUGACCCCUCUGGAGGAGGCUGUGAAGGAGCAGAGCGGGACCAUCUAUCUGCAGCACGCUGACGAGGAGCGAGAGAAAACUUACCAGCUGGCAGAGACCAUCGACGCUCAGCUGAAGCGCAUGGCCCAGGAUCUCAAGGAUGUCAUCGAGCACUUGAAUGUGUCUGGAGGGUCCCCUGACACCAGUGACCCGCUCCAGCAGGUCUGUAAGAUUCUGAAUGCACAUAUGGACUCGCUUCAGUGGAUUGAUCAGAAUUCAGCGUCCUUGCAGAGGAAGGUGGAAGAGGUAUCGAAGGUUUGUGAGAGUCGUCGCAAGGAGCAGGAGCGCAGCUACCGGAUGGUCUUCGAUUAA